AUGGAGAAAGGGAAGGAGUACAUAUCUCCUAUAAUACCUCCUACCGCAAAUCCAUCAACAAAUCCAUCAAUCAAGGAGGUUACUCAUUCUGUGUACCUUAAUGAGACUGAGUGCGAGGUAAAAUGUUCAUACAGAUUGUUUGAGAUGAGAGGUGUAUUGUGUAGACAUGUAUUUGCCACUUUGAAGGUUAAUCGAGUUCAUUCACUGCCUAAGAAGUACAUAUUAGAUCAAUGGAGGAAAGACAUAAAAAGAAAAUACACCCUGAUAAGUAGUAGUUAUGACGCAGCUGAUGCGAGGCCAAACGUGAGUAGAUAUUCAUGUAUAAUGAAGAUAUGUGGUGACGUCGCAAGUAAUGCAGCUUCAUGUGAUGAACAUACUCAGGAUAUGAUUGACAAGUUGUAUGCAAUGAACGAGGUCUAUCUCACCAACAAGCCGCCAAUCCAAAAAUUUUCUAAUAUUGUAGUUCCAACUGUAGAUAUAACUAUAGGUACAAGUUCUAAGAAAGUACUUAGUCCCGUUGUUGUGAGAGGCAAAGGCAAACCAUCAUCUCUCAGGAGAGCUUCCAUAAUGGAGAAAGUGUGCAAGGCCAAGAUGAGAAAGGAUACGUAA